ACCGUCUGAAAGCGGAAGUCGCUCUGGGAUUCGUGCUCGGUUGUGGAGCCGAGAGGGAGAGAAAGCAGGAGGUUGGGGGACGGUUCCAGCGGUUACGUUCGGGUAUCUAAAACACACAAGCACUGUGAUUCGUACCUUGAUUCCCGGGUCGGGUAUUUACAUGAUCGCGCUUUGAUUUUUGGUAAGUCAGGUGAGGGGAGGGCGAGGGAAAAAGAAAAACUGAGGGAACGAGGGCAGUUUUUUUUAAGCUUCGCUCCCUGAGCAUCAUCAUCUGCCGCGCGCUGAGCAUUCAGGACGCGGGAGGAACGCGCUUCCGUGCGGCGAGCCGUCGGAACCCGUCAGAUCUCCGUCUCUGUCGAACCGAGGGCGUGUCCGGCGUGCGCGCGACGGCAGCUGAGCAUGAGCGUGGAGGAGUUGAAUCCGGCGGCGGUGCCCGUGCCCGUGGAGGACGUGCAGGGGGACGGGCGUUGGAUGUCCCAGCACAACCGCUUUGUGCAGGAGUGUAAGGAUGCUGAACCUGAAGUGCUAUUUGUAGGAGAUUCCAUGGUGCAGCUUAUGCAGCAGUAUGAGGUGUGGCGUGAGCUCUUCUCCCCCCUGCAUGCUCUCAACUUCGGCAUCGCAGGGGACACCACCUGCAACGUCCUGUGGAGGUUGCAAAAUGGGGAGCUGCAGAACAUCCGACCCAAGGUGGUGGUUGUGUGGGUAGGAACUAACAACCAUGAGCACACAGCGGAGCAAGUGGCUGGGGGGAUCAUGGCCAUCGUACAGCUGCUCAUGUCACAGCUCCCACAGGCCAAAGUGGUUGUUCUGGGUCUCCUUCCACGGGGGGAGCGUCAAAAUCCCCUGCGUGAGAAAAACGCUGUAGUAAACGGGAUUCUGCGCUCCAGUCUGGCUCGCCUAGGGGCCGCCCAGUUCCUGGAUGUGGGAGCCGGAUUCGUGCACUCGGACGGCACCAUCUCCACCAGGGACAUGUUUGACUUCCUGCACCUGACCUCCAGUGGGUACUGGGCGGUAGCCAAGCCCCUCAGUGACCUUCUGCUGCAGCUGCUGGAGGAGACUCCUGAGGAAAGACGUGCUUCACUCGUGUGAUGGGGUGGGGGGAGGUUAGUGGACAUAAAGGUGCGAGGCGAGGGAUAGGAGGGGCAAAUGAAGAACUCGCACGUGGUGGGAGGGUAGACGUACAUACAUGCAUACAUACAUACAGAACACACACUCAUGAAGCAAUAUUAGCACUUUCACACAGAAGAAGGAAUGUUAGAAACUAGAACAUGCCUGAAAUAAAUGAGAGGGUUGAGAGAGACAGAAACACUAUGAUUCUUCAAGAGGGAGGGGAACUAAAAAUACUGUCACACUAAAGUGUUCUCUGCAUGAGAAAAAUGUGCCAAAAAAAAGUGCCCUGCUGGUGGAGGACUGCACUUGAGUACUAAGGGAGUACAGAACUUCCACGGUACACCCUGUUCUCCGGAUUCUGGGAUAAUUUCUGUUGAUUGUUUUGAAUCUACACUCAUGGAAGCGGUGUAAAAUGGAAUAAGACUGCAAAGCCCUCUGAUUAUGUCUGUGGAAUUCAGAAAUGGAGUCUAUGACCCUACGGGUCAGUGAACUAGAUGGCACAAUAUUUACAGUGCUUGUAUCUUCCUUACCCAACCUCCCACCAGCCACACCCAACAGGGCCAGACUGUAGUUGUGAUCACCCAUCCCGUUCUCCCAAAUUCCUGUUGUCCCCCUCUCCUGUGUUGCACUUACAUUUAGUCUUCAGUCAGCCCAAGUCUCUCUCAAUCCUCCUGACCAAUUAAGUGUCUCAGUGCUGUUUAAUGCCCACUUUAGUGUCCAAGCAGCUGAUGCAGCACCCCCUUUGCUCCUUCUGUCUGAAGCCGUUCACAUCUUAUCUCUCAUGCUCUUUGCAUGCUUGUGUGUGUGUCUGUAUGUGCGUGUGCAUCUGCCAACAUUUCACAUUCCUAAGACUGUGCCGGUGCAUUGCUGCAAGUAGGUAUACAUUUGUUCCAAUAUGGUAGAGACUGCGUCUGAUUGGUAUGUACAUACAGUAUAAAUAUAUAUAUAAAUAAAUUAACCCUUAGCCCCCAGGUGUUACUUAUAUUUGUAGAACACCCUGUUGUGUAUUGUGAGGCUUGGGAAGUUGGGCCUGAGAGGUGUGUGUUUGAGAGUAUGGGUGAUAGUGUAUCUGUAUCCACUGCAAAAUCUAUGUGCUAGCUGGGCUUUUUGUUGUGUGCAGAAAAACACAUUCCAAUAAAGGACCAUGGAUAUUAGCACUGUUAGUCGGGAGUUUCUUUUUAUGUAUGUGAUUUCUUGGAACUUAUCUCUAAUGCUGUAACUUCCAAGAAGGCAGUUUUAAAAAUGUGUAGAAAUAAUUUUACUGACAUUCAAACAAUGUUUUGUUUGAAUAUGCAUAGUUUUCACUCUACUGAAAACUUUUAUUUUAGUGAACAUGUAUUUUCAGCCCUUGGCAGGAUACUGAUUUGGGAAAUAGAGUUCUUCCCAAUUUGUUAAA